AUCUUUUUCUUUUAUUUUCAAUUUUACAAGAUUCUAAACAAAUAAAUAAGAAUGGUUGUUCCUACUAAUCUUGGCUUUCCUUAUGUCGGUGCAAAGCGUGAACUCAAAAAGUCUGUAGAAGCUUAUUGGUCUGGUAAGAUUUCAGCUGACGAACUUAAGACUGCCUAUCAAAAAAUUCAAGAAAGUCAAUGGAAAUUACAAAAGGAACAAGGUAUUCAACAUAUCCCCUCUGGUGAAUAUACAUUGUAUGAUCGUGUUUUAGAUACUGCUCAUCAGUUUGGCGUUAUUCCAACUCGUUAUCAACAUAUUAAGGACCCUCUUCAGCAAUUUUUCGCCAUGGGUCGUGGUCUUCAAAAGCCUGCCACUGCUACUACUGAAAAAGUGGAUGUUCCUGCUCAAGAAAUGAAGAAAUGGUUUGAUACUAACUAUCACUUUAUUGUUCCCGAAUUUGAACCCAAUCAACAAUUUACUCUCCAAGCUCCUGUUGCAGUUGAACAAUACAAUACAGCUAAGGCUCUCGGUAUUGAAACACGUCCUGUUAUUAUUGGUCCUGUUACUUUCCUUCAUCUUGGUAAGACUGCUAAAGGAUUUGAUCAAUUUGAUACCCUCACUCUUCUUCCUAAACUUCUUCCUUAUUACGUUGACCUCUUGAAGCAGCUUGAAGCCGCUGGUGCUGAAUGGGUUCAAAUUGAUGAACCUGCUCUUAUUUUCGAUUUACCCGAGAAUGCCAAAGCUGCCUUUGAAGAAGCUUACAAGACCUUUAAGGCCUCUACAUCGAUCAAGAUCUUGGUUGCUGCUUACUUUGGUCGUGUAGAGAAUAACAUCUCUCGACUUCUUCCUCAUGUUGAUGCCAUUCAUCUUGACCUUGUUCGUGCUCCUGAAGAACUUGAUACCGUUUUACCUCUCUUGAACAAUAAGCAGACUUUGUCCCUUGGUCUCGUCGAUGGUCGUAAUAUUUGGAUUAAUGACCUUGCCAAGUCAAUUGAAUUAACUCAAAAGGCCGUUGCUGUCCUUGGUAAAGAUCGUGUUUUCGUUGGUCCCUCUUGUUCACUUGCUCAUACUCCUUUCUCUACUUCCUUUGAAAAGAAGAUUGCUGAAAAGAACCCUGAACUCUACAGUUGGUUGGCAUUCUCUGUUGAAAAGGUAAAAGAAAUUGUUACUAUUGCAUCUGCUGUCAACUCUGGGCUUGAUUCUGUUAAGGAGACCCUUGAUGCAAAUGCUGCUGCUCUCCAAUCACGUCGUACCUCCUCUCAGACCACCAAUCCUACUGUUCGUGAUCGAGUUGCCAAGAUUUCCCCUGAGGAUUGGAAACGUCCUGCUGAAUUCAAUGUUCGUCGUCAAGCACAAGUGAAGAAGCUCAACUUGCCUCUUUUCCCUACAACCACCAUUGGUUCCUUCCCUCAAACUAAGGAAAUCCGUGUGGCUCGUCAAAGGUUCAACAAGGGUGAACUCUCUGCUGAAGAAUAUGAUGGCUUUAUUAAGAAUGAAAUGAAGAAGAUGAUCGAAUUCCAAGAGAAGGUCGGUUUAGAUGUCUUUGUGCAUGGUGAACCUGAACGUAAUGAUAUGGUAGAACACUUUGGUCAUCUCCUUCAUGGCUUUGAUUUCACUGAGAAUGGUUGGGUUGUAUCUUAUGGCUCUCGUUGUGUCAAGCCUCCUGUUAUCUUUGGUGAUGUCUCUCGUCGUGGUCCCAUGACGAUUGAUGAAAUUGUCUACGCUCAAUCCCUUACCAAGAAGCCCUUGAAGGGUAUGUUGACAGGUCCUGUGACGAUGAUGAAAUGGUCCUUUGUACGUGAUGAUCUUCCUCUUAAUCAAAUCUGUACUCAAAUUGGUCUGGCUCUUCGGGAUGAAGUCGUCGAUCUUGAAUCUGCUGGUAUUCCUUGUAUUCAAGUAGAUGAACCUGCUAUUCGUGAGGGUCUUCCUAUUCGUCGUGCUGACUGGGAUGCUUACCUUGAAUGGUCUGUUGCCUGUUUCCGUCUCUCUACCUCUGGUGUUCGCAAUGAAACUCAAAUCCAUACCCAUAUGUGUUACUCUGACUUUAAUGAUAUCUUUGAUGCCAUUGCUGCAUUGGAUGCUGAUGUCUUGACAAUUGAAAACUCCAGGUCUGAUGAAAAACUUCUCAAGAUCUUUGAAUCAAAGAAAUAUCCUAAUGAGAUUGGUCCCGGUGUCUAUGAUAUUCACUCUCCUCGUGUACCUUCAGUUGAACAAAUGAAGCAAAAGGCUGAUGAUUUACUCAAAUACCUUAAGCCUGAAUUAUUAUGGAUCAACCCUGAUUGUGGUCUCAAGACAAGAGGAUGGACUGAAACUGAAGCUGCUCUUAAGAAUAUGGUUGAAGUUGCUCGCCAGCUUAGAACCCAAUUUGCUUAAGUUUAAACCUCUUUAUAUAUGGAAAAAAAAAAGUUCAACCUUUAAUUUAGAUAUCCCUCCCUUCUUCUUCCACUUUCUCCAACUAUCUCAUCUCUUUUUAUUUUUUAAUUUUUUUUUCAAUUUCAUGUAUAAUAUAUAAAGUUCAACACUGUAUAUAGUCUUUAAAAAAAAUAAUAAUAAUAAUAAAAUUAUCAUUUGUCAUAAAUAAA